CGAUAUGGGCAUUUCGAAUAGCUGGUUAUGUCAUUUGGCCUUAUGAAUGUCACGAUCACUUUCCAAGCGGCUCUGACAACGGAGUUCCGACACAUGCUGGAUCGAUUCGUACUUAUCUACCUCGACGACAUCCUGGUGUACAACCGGAGUUUGGACGAGCAGGUGGAGUACUUGGGACAUUAUGUGACACCGCAAGGCAUCCGUCCGCUUGCGGACAAAAUCGAGGCCCUCCGCGUAUGGCCCGAGCCCACCAACACCAAGGACGUUCGUUCAUUCAUGGGGUUGGCGGGCUACUAUCAGCGAUUCAUCACCGGAUACUCAAGGAUUGCUGCACCUAUGACGAGAUUACAAUCGCCAAAGGUGCCAUUCGUAUUCGAUGACGACGCACGCCGGUCAUUCCGAGCACUUAAGACGGUCAUGCUCAUGGCACCCGUCCUUAGCAUCUAUGACCCCACCCUGCCUACGAGAGUGACAACUGACAUUUCCGACUAUGGCAUUGGGGCAGUCUUGGAACAACACGACGGCGACGACUGGCACCCUGUGGAGUAUUUCAGCCACAAAGUGUCUCCCAUUAACUCGCUUGAUGAUGCAAGGAAGAAGGAGUUGCUCGCGUUCGUGAUGGCUCUUAAGCGAUGGCAGCACUUCCUCCUUGGGCGUCGUAGGUUCACAUGGGUCACGGACAACAACCCAUUGACCUACUAUAAGACGCAGGAUACGGUACUGAGGUUCGCGAUGGGCACUCCCAUGAAGUGUUUAAAUUGUAACGGUGAUGGCCAUUUCGCGAGAGAAUGCCCCAGCGCCAGAGGUAAUCAAAGCGCCUCAGGGAAUUCCGCAGCGGCACCAUCCACUCCUCGUUUCUGGACGCCUAGGCAGACUGCUGAGGAUAACGAGGAACGGGAAUUCUUGAGGCAGAUCGUCCAGGAGAAGAAGGAUGAACAGACGAGGAAGCGUGAGUUGGAUGAUCAGAGGAAAUUUGAUGAGAGGCUAAAGGCGGAGAUGGCCAGAUAUGCGGAGGCCACGAAGGCCGAAGUCAUGGCAGCGGUUGGGCGGCAGUAUUUAGGGCAGAAAGAUGAAGCCCGGAGGGAGGAGUUGAAAAGGGGGUGGUCUCCUCCUCCUAGGAGAAGGGAGGAUUUUCGCCUGGAUGAUGAUCUGAGAGAUGACGAGGAUAUUGAUUUGGAGAUCCACCGAUUAGAGCUCUUGCGAGAGAAGAGGCGCCGGGGGAAGGAGGCCGUACGUGGUGGAGUUAACUUCCGACGCCUUCCUUCUCUUCUGGGCCGGGAUCAGUGGAUGACCCGGCGAUUAGGGGAGAGUGUUCGCGUGAUGGUGAGCGAAGGAGGAAGGAUUGGUAAAUGGGACACCAAGGGUGCUUUCGGUCAAGCUUUUGUUUUACCAAAGCACAAGGACCUUUUGAGGUGGCGUCCCAUUUCACCCACUUGUUCCGAGCCUACACGGUUGGCUUGUGCCAGGGUCGCUCGAUGUCUGAACUGUCUGCUCUUUCGGCUUCCUGUCAGGCUUUGCUUUAACCUUAGAGCUGUGGAUCAGGUCCGUGCCAGGAUGGAGGAAAUGGACAGGGAUCUGAAUCACUUACCUGGGUUGAGUGACCUGGUGGCAGGGUCCUUUGAUGUGAAGGACAUGUUUGUGACUCUGCCACAGGAUGACAUUCUCCGUGCGGUAGAUUGGUUGUUCGCUAGGUAUAUCGGUGCCGGAUAUGAGGGUGUCAAUGUUGCCAGGAGGGGUCCUCAAUCCUUUUUGUCCUUUGGCGCAAGGAGGGAUGAUUGUAUUUUUCUCAGUUUUCAGAUUAUUCGGGACAUGCUUGUUUUCGACCUUCGGUUUACUUUUGUGUGGUCAGCAAAGGUUUUGCUCAGGCAGGUCAUCGGAGUUCCUAUGGGAAAAUCGUCCAGCUGUUCAUUGGCAUGUAUCCUCUGCGCAUGGGCUGAGUUUAAUUUCUUGAGCACUCUGGGGAUUCAUAGGCGACUUGUUUUUGGUUUCCGAAUUAUUGAUGAUGUUAACAUUUUCGUGGCAGUUGUGGGAACGGAGGGGUAUGCCGCUGCUUUCUGGAUUUUUGAGAAAUUUCAGUCUUGCUAUGGAUCCAAACUCCGUUUGGAGCGAACUGACGAUUGUUUGGGGCAGUGGGCUUUUGCGGGGAUGAUGGUUCAGAAAGAAGGUACGGCGGUGCAUACCGUUGCCCUUGUGAAGAAUUCGGAUCCUAUCUGGAACAAGGGGAAGCUGGUUUAUGGCUCAUACCAGGACUUUGGGUCUUAUUCGACGAAACGGGCCAAGAUUGGGGUGAUUAUUGUUUUGCUGCAUAGGGUAUACAGAUGGUCUGCGGAUGGUUUUGGCCGUUUGCAGUCUUUUCUUGCUGUCCGGAGGGAACUUCUCAUGUGAAGGUAUCCUCCCAGAUUGGUUGCAAAUGCCUUUGAGAGAUUUGCUAGGAAAAUGGAUUCG